UCGUCGCUGGGUGGAGACCGCUCAGACUCCCAGUUAGCACCGUUAGCUCGCUACGAUGAGUCGCUGCUGCCAUCACCACCACCACCACCGCUCAAGCGUCUCUUGUGUUCAGCGAGGCGGGUCCUUGGUUAGUGGCUCCCCCCGACUGAGCUGAAGGGCGACCCGGGAAACCACGCCGCACCUUUCGAGAUGGAUGUUGAUUAUUGUGCCGGUGGGGACAGUACCAGGAGGAAAGUGGAUCUGACUGUGGCAGAAGGCACAAUGGAUGUUACACCACUGGAAAUGUACGACUCCGCCAGAGCAAAAAUAGCUGCCAACCUCCGGUGGCUAUUUGCAAAAGCCUACGGCAUCGACCAUAUUCCAGAGGACUUAAGGGACCCAUUCUACACGGAUCAAUAUGACCAGGAACACAUAAAGCCGCCUGUCAUCCGCCUACUGCUGUCCUGUGAGCUCUACUGCCGUGUCUGCACCCUCAUCCUCAAGACGGAGCAGGCGGUGUCUCUUCAGUCCCACCUGUCCGUCAUCCAGGCCCUGUCCAGAAAGGGCAUUUAUGUCGUGGAGAGUGACGAUACGCCCGUCACAGAUGGAGACCUGUCCUGUGUGCCCAUCAAAAUGAGUUCUCACAUGCCCAUGAUCGAUGCCCUGAUGAUGGCCUACACAGUGGAGAUGAUUAGCAUCGAGAAAGUGGUGGCUUCCGUCAAGCGCUUCUCCACCUUCAGUGCCUCCAAGGAGCUGCCCUUUGACCUGGAGGACACUAUGGUCUUCUGGAUCAACAAGGUCAACAUGAAGAUGAGAGAAAUAUCGGAAAGGGAACACAAAGUCAAGCAUCACCCUUUGGAAUCCCCCAGCCACCAAAAGGUGCGAUAUCGCCGGGAGCAUGCUUCAGGCCGACAGCAGGCCUUCUUCCCACUGCUGGAGGAACUGAUGAGGGAUGUCUGUGAUGGAGCUGCACUGCUCGCUGUGGUUCACUACUACUGCCCAGACCUCAUGAAGCUGGAUGACAUUUGCCUGAAGGAAGUGCCCUCCAUCGCUGAUAGCCUGUACAACAUCCAGCUGCUCAGAGAGUUCGCCAACGAGUAUCUGAAUAAAAGUUUCUAUCUGACAACGGAGGACAUGCUCUACUCGCCCCCCGUGCUCAAGCACAAUGUGAUGGUGUUCAUCGCUGAGCUCUACUGGUGGUUUGAAACUGUCAAACCAGAGUUUGUCCAGCCCAGAGAUCUCCAAGAGUUUAAAGAUGCUCGAGCCAUAGCUCAGCCCAAGAGUGCCCGUCCAUCAGUGCCCAUUUCCAACGCCACCAAGCGCAGCUUCCUGGCCAGUCCUGGCGUGGCUGAUAACCAGACCAGCCCUGAAGUCUGUAACAGGUACUUCCUGCACCCUGAAGACUCUGACCCCCUUAAAGGGGGUCCAGCCUUCAGUCCUUCCCACCCACUACUGCCCCUGCGACAGAGACAGCAGAAGCAGCAGGGAGAGGAUGGAGCAGGUCUGAGAAACCGCUCAAAUUCUCUGACUCAGAUGGACGGACAGCCCAGAUGUUCUGUCACUGCAUGGCCAGAAAAGAGGCAAAGACCAGUGUCCACACUGAAUCCCUACAUGUUGCAUUCAGACGGUGAUGCAGAUGUGGCCUCUGGAGACAGCGUGAGUCUGGCUCGCUCCAUAAGUAAAGACAGCCUGGCAUCGAACGUCCUCAACGUCACACCCAAACACCAGCCCUCUGUCCACCAGCCCUCGCAGGGUGCAAUGCGCAGAGUCAACGGCCACGGCCUGCUGGCCAAGGUCAACAUUGAAGAGGACGACAAAACUAUUGUGGCAGUCGCACGGACUGAAUCUCCCGCCGUCCCCAAACAGGCUGACGGGACACAAGCGACUGCCGCAGCGAUGUCUAAACCUUCCACCGAGUCCAAACCUGCACCAGAUAGCUUUUACCUAGAACCACUGAUGCCUGCCGUUAUCAAAACGGCUAAAGAAAAGUCUGUAUGCCUAAACAAGGAGGAGGAGAGCGGUGAGGUGCCCCGCUCCUCAGGACGGGGAUCUUUACACAGAGGAGAAGGAUCUACAUCAGCAGUUCGUAGGAAAACAUCCUGCACCCUAAACCAAACUCUUCCCCCUACAGGUGAGGAGGCAGACUUGUCAGAGGAGCCUUGCCACAGUCAGUCAGGUUUGAUGCCCACUGCCACAAGCAGCGUGGCCCCCUCAGCCAGAGAGCCAGCUGGGGGUUUCUACCUGCAUUCAGACGCUGAAGAACCAAAGUGUGGCACCGGCCUAGAUCCUGAGCUGGAAGACCUGGACGAGGAAGAGGAGGAUUUGGAUGAAGCGAGUACCACUAAAGACCCCAAUUGGCCCAGGAAAGCCUUCAAUGAGGAAGAUGAAGAAGAAGAAUCAGCCAAACUGCAAGAGGAUAUGAAUGUGAAAGAGCAUGAUGACAAAGACAUGAACGGAGGCAGUGGGCGUUCCAGCCCCUGUCUCAGCGCUCACUCCCAGGCCAGCAGCAUGGCCAGUGGCAGCGUGCGCAUGACCUCCUUCGCAGAGCGCAAAGCUCAGCAGCAGCGCUUCGGCAGCAACCACGACCUCCGCUCCAGUGCCUCCAGCUCCCAGAGGACCACCCCAGAUGGAUCAGAGUGCAGCGGGCCCCUGUCGUCCUCCUGGAGAGUUAAAAGAGACCAGAGCCCCUCCUCGCCCAUGGGAGGAAGCUCUCGUUCAGGGGAUGGUAGCGGUGGCGUCCUGGCUUCUGAACUUGUCGGGCUACGGAUGCAGCUGGAGGAGAAGCGACGUGCCAUUGAGCACCAGAAGAAGAAGAUGGAGAUGCUGUCGGCGAGGCAGAGGCAGAAGCUGGGAAAGGCAGCUUUCCUGCACAUCGUAAAGAAAGGUGGAGGCAAGAGUGACACUUUACCCAGUGCGCUGAAGGCCGCCAUCUCGAAAGAAGAGCUCAAUGGAGAAAAAGGACCAUCAAAUAAAGGUGGCCUGUCUGUAGAGGCCCUGAGGGGCGACAAAGAGGUGGUGGGAGCCCCCCCGCCUGGUGCCUUAGAAGCAGAUAAGAAAGGAAGCAGCGGCAGCUUCUAUCUUGAGGAAGAGUUGGACCUAAACGAGUGCAGCCGCUCCAUCGAGCUGCUGAACGACGCCAUCGGCAGCAUCCAGCAGCAGAUGAUGCAGAUGUCACUACAACAGGAGAUGUUGAUGAAACAGAAUGUACAGUCGCCCCCUGCUGGUGCAGCCCAGCCUCCUCCUCCUCACGCUAGUGACAAAAACAGUGACUCUAAGUCGGGGGCAAGCUUUCAUUUUGUGGAGCACAGCUCUGGCAGUAACACCGCCCCCACCAGGAAACCCCCCAAGCUGAGCUCAGGCCGGAGCUCCAGGCCCAAACCAUCAGAGCUAAAAAUAGCCAAGGAGCAAGUCCGGCAGGUGUCCAGAACCCUCACCUCCACAAAGAGUGGGUCAGAGACUUUACCACACAUGAGGCAUUUAGCCGGGGGCAGGUCCCCCAGGGCCGAGCAGCCCGGCAGCCCCAGAACCCCCACAGCAGGAGAGGCCAUCGACAGGCCGGGCUCCGGCCACAUUCGCAGCGCCAACUUCAGGCUUCAUGACGAGGCUAACAUGCGUGUGCCGACCCGAGUGGACCUGACGGCGGUGACGGCCUCAGAAGUUUCCUUUGACGACUGCCUGUCCAGCACCCUGAGAGAGUCUGAGCUCAACUCUUCAGACGGUUCGGGGAAAGAGAACAUUCCAUCAGAGGAGGUGCAGCGCAGCAGAUCCCACCUGAUCGAGGUGGAUCUGUCUGAGCUGAAGGAUCCUGAGGAAGAGGAGGGUGCUGAGUUUAACGUCACAGAAGGAGGGGAUGGAGAGCAGAAGUCAGGCCUGGGCUUCUUCUUCAAGGACGAGCAGAAGGCCGAGGAUGAGCUGGCGAAGAAAAGAGCAGCGUUUUUGCUGAAGCAGCAGAAAAAAGCUGAGGAGGCUCGACAACGUAAACAACAGUUUGAAGUCGAAUCUGAGCUGAAACGAGAUGAAGCAAGACGGAAGGCGGAGGAGGAUCGCCUGCGGAAAGAAGAGGAGAAGACGAGGCGGGAGCUGAUUAAGCAGGACUAUCUGCAGAGGAAGCAGCAGGAGAUCUUCGAGGAGCAGGGACAUGUGAAGCCCAAAACACCCAAACCGAAGCAGAAACACAGACACAAGCCGGUGCUCCGAGAGGAAUCCUCCAGCGACACUGUCUCCAAGUGCUCUUCCACACCCGACAACCUGAGCUCGGCCCAGUCAGGAUCCAGUCUGUCUCUGGCCUCCGCCGCCACCAACGAGGCCGACAGCGUCAACUCUGGAGGAGCAGGCUCUCAGCGCUGUGACUCUGUGGAGUCGUUUCCUGGAAGUCGUAACAGUCGAACUGCAGAACGCGACUGGGACAACGGCUCCACUGCUUCCUCCAUCACUUCCAUGGCUGAAUACACUGGUCCCAAACUGUUCAAGGAGCCCAGCGCCAAGUCGAACAAGCCGAUCAUCCACAACGCCAUCUCUCACUGCUGCCUGGCCGGCAAAGUCAACGAGCCCCAGAAGAACCAGAUCCUCGAGGAGCUGGAGAAGUGCGAGUCCAACCACCUGAUGAUCCUGUUCCGUGACGGCGGCUGUCAGUUCCGAGCGCUCUACUCCUUCUUCCCCGACACCGAGGAGAUCCAGAAGGUGACCGGCACCGGACCCAAGAGCAUCAGCAAGAAGAUGAUCGACAAGCUGUACAAGUACAGCUCGGACCGCAGGCAGUUCACCGUCAUUCCUGCCAAGACUGUGUCGGUGAGCGUGGACGCCCUGACCAUCCACAACCACCUGUGGCACGUCAAGAGGGGUACUGUGCCAAAGAAAAGUGUAAAAUAGCAGGAGGCCGGACUCGGAACCCUCUAUCUUUACAAAUCAUCCUCUCCCUCAUCUCGCUUGUGUCCUGAAUCGACUGCAUCGACGCUCACAGCCAAGCUCGGCCUCCAAGCCUCCUCAGGAGAGGCCCCAGCCGUGAACAAGGGAACGGGAAUACGUGCUCGUGUGUGUGUGCGUGUGUGUGUUUGUUACAGGUGGACUGAGGGUCUGGUGCUUGCAACAACAAGAGGAAUGAUGCCGGCUGAAUCUGCUUCUCCUGCCUGUGAUCUCAGUGCGAUCUGUUCAGGUUUCGUUCUUUUUCUACGACGACCACAACAACUCUCAAGCAUGUGGCAUUAUAUUUCUCUCUCUUGUCUCUCUCAUGUGGAUGUUCAUUUUUUUUUUACAUGAAGUAUUUAUUAGUUCAGCACUGUCAUGACUGAGAGAGCUCAGCUGCAGCACUAAAAUCC